AUGCUUUAUAUUGCAAUUUAUGUUGAUGAAGAUGACAUAGCCAUGUACACUAUCAAAACCAUAGAUGAUCCUCGAACUCUUAACAAGACAGUAUAUAUUAGGCCCCCAAAAAACAUUUUAUCUCAAAGAGAAGUUGUUGAGAUUUGGGAGAAACUUAUUGGCCACGACUUGCACAAGUCUUCGAUAUCCAAGGAAGACUUCCUAGCUUCCAUAGAAGGACAAGAGUAUGCGGAGCAAGUUGGAUUAAUACAUUACUAUCAUGUUUGUUAUGAGGGAUGUCUUGCAAAUUUCGAGAUUGGAAAGGAUGCAGGAGAAGCUUCUAAGCUUUAUCCAGAGAUUCACUACACUUCUGUCGAGGAAUACAUGAAACGUUAUUUAUAAUUAACUAUAUAUAUAUAUAUACCUUGGACACGACCAUUAUGUAUGUAUUAAUGCUUCUGUUGAUUUACUACAUGUAAAAGAAC